AUGGAGUUUGAUUAUCACAAGACUAACUCGCCGUUGCAGAAGGAGUUCACUGAGGAAAGGUCGUUCGAUCCACCUUAUCGGCCUUCAAUGGCCACAUACGAUUAUAGGAGUUCGGAAAGAAGACCUACAGAUCAAAGAAUCGUCACAAGGUUUCAAAGAGAAAAUGAGGCCCUCCAUUCGGCAACACGGACGGUUGAUUCGCCAUUUACUAAUAAGAUCCUGAAUGCUCUGAGCCCGAGGAAGUUUUCCAUGCCUAUUUUCAUUCUGUUCGAUGGAACAACCGAUCUGAUUGAUCAUGUGUAUCACAUUCAGUUGAAGAUGGUUUUGAACACGGAGAAUGAUCCCUUAAUAUGCAAGUGUUUUCCUACAAGCUUAGCUGGACCGGUGCUCAACUGGUUCAAGAACCUGCCGAAGGGCUCAGUGGAUAGUUUUCGAAGUUUGUGUGACCGAUUCAAAAGCCAGUACUAUGGGAAUAAGCGCCCGGCAAAAGAUAUCUCUAGUCUAUUCGUUAUGAAGCAGCAUGAAGAUAAGCGUCUCCAAGCCUUUCUUACCAGGUUCAACCUAACCAAGAACAUGGUGAUAGAGUGCCAUCCUUUCACAGCAGUUCAAGCGUUCAAACUAGCAAUGACUCGUGGAACACCGUUCCACACAAGCCUGAUGGUGAACACACCACAGACCAUGGACAAGCUGAAUGAAAAAGCUAACGGUUUCGUGCGUUUAGAAGAAGAAGAAGCGGCUAAUGCAAGGAAAACAUCAAUUAUCUCAACAAAGGAGAAGUCCAAAGCCAAGAUCCUGCAAAUACACGCUCCACCACAGCGUCAAACCUCCUGGAAAGCACAGAAGAGGCCCAGAGAAGAAGAGCUGAUCACUCCGUUGAAAGUCACUCUAGUGAAGCCGUACCAAGAAAACAAAGAUAAGUUCCGACCUCCUUUACCAAUCAGACAACCUCUUGAGCAGAGAAACCAGUCUAAACAUUGUGCUUUCUAUAGUGACUUUGGCCAUCAGACUAACGAAUGCAGGAACUUAAGGAGGCAAAUAGAGAUGUUGAUCGCAAAGGAAGAAUUUACAGGGUAUGUUCAGGGACCAGCACAGGAACAGAACCGACCAGCAGAGCAAAUUAAAAGAAAUCAAAAGCCAAAUUACAGCAACACUCAUCCUGUCCCUCAUGAAGAUCCACUGGUCGUCAGUCUGACAGUUGCAGAAUGCCUGGUGCGAAGAAUUCUGAUUGAUCUAGGAAGUAGUGCAAAUGUCAUGCCCAGAAUAACGUUCGACUGGCUCGAGAUCGAACCCAAAAAGCUCAAACCCAUAGGAAAUCCAUUGUUAGGAUUUGAUAGGAAGCGGGUGAAGCCCAUUGGUAUGGUGGAAUUGACAGUGCAAGCUGCUGAGAGAGUUCUGACUAAAAGUUUUGUGGCCGUAGAGAUCCAUCCAUCUUACAACCUCUUGAUGGGAAGAGGGUGGAUCUACAGAGUUCAAAGUGUCCCAUCAAUUCUGCAUCAAGUGAUGCGAUGCUUGAGUCCAGAUAAGAACGUAGAUGUGUUCGCGUGGAGCCAUUCAAACAUGCCGGGAAUUAGUCCUUCUGUGUCCUAUCAUUCCCUUAAUGUAGAUCCGAACGUAAAGCCAGUAAAGCAAAAGCAGAAAAGAUUCGCUCCAGAACGCAAUCAAAUCAUAGUUGAGGAGAUUGAUCAUUUGCUCGAUGCAGGAUUCAUUAGAGAGGUUCAAUACCCGGUCUGGCUCUCCAAUGUCGUUGUUGUGGUCAUGCUGUUCGGACUAAAAAAUGAUGGAGCUCUUUAUCAGAGGCUAAUCAGCAAGAUUUUUAAAAGUCAAAUGGGGAGAACUGUAGAGGCUUACAUUGAUGACAUGGUAGUAAAGAGUAAGAAGAAGGAUAACCACUUGGAGCACUUGUAG